GACUUAUAUUAGAAAAUUUUAUGGAAGAUCAAUAGCAAAGUUACUCAAUGUUUCAUACAAGUUUAGUGGCACUUUUGCUGAAAGUUUAGUAUAAAAGUAGUAGCUGUUCAGGGUAGCCACAGUAGGGUACCGAGGUCAUAAGGGCACUGAUAGACCAGUUGGCACAGGGACUACAGAAGUGGGUUGGGUGGCAGGAAGGGGAUACGUGUUGUCUGAAGGGAAAAGGAGGGGCAGAAAGUAAGGGUAUAGGAAAGACGUGUGAGUGUAGUAGUACUGGUGGUGGUACCGGGUGUUGUUCCGGUGCUAGAGGUACUACUUGUCAUGACUGUGGCAAGUGUGGUACAGUUGCCAAGGGUGCCGGUACAAAGUGCUACCUUUCGGCCUAUUGCAAACCCACUAGUGCUCCUCCUCCCACUGGAGACUACUACUGGCCCACCAUCUCCACUGACUCCACUAAGGUCCACCUCCUGGCCCGUAUUUUCCUAGGGUCAGUAUGUCUCAUCUGGAGUGGACUCAGUCAGUUGGGAUGGUUGACCAAGGGUGGGAGUGGUAGUGGCAAUGAGACGAGGUGGAAGGAAGGAAUGUUAAGUAAAGAGGGUGAUGGUCUCGGCUCAUUCAUGGCGGCCAUGGGCUAUAACCUGGAGAGGUUGAAUCAGGGUCAAGGUAAGUACUGCCUAGGGUAGUGAUGCUAUUAAUGCAUGUAAGGAGAUCAGCAGUUUAUUGCUUGUGAUGGCAAUUAUGUGAUACUAUAGAGUACUACUA